AUGGCCUUACUCAUCACCCUGCUGGUUCUUCUGGCUGCCACCGCAGGCUUGCUCCCCUUUGCAUUCCGUCUGGUGGGAAAGCUGAUUGGCCGCAACAUCCGAAGCAGGACGCAGUACAAGAGGGAAAUCCUGCUGUCCAGAGCGCUCGCCGAGGCAGCAAACCAAGCAGCAGGCCAAGAAGGAACCCCAUCCAAGCCCGCUUCGUCCUCCACCUCGCUCGAUUCGGAUUGGGAACAGGUGCACGACGGAGGAGAGAAAACACCCACGGGACAACGGACGACCGCUCCCGGUGAUUCCUACGACGGCGUCAUCGGCUUCUUCCACCCCUUCUGCAAUGCCGGCGGAGGAGGUGAGCGCGUCCUUUUCGCUGCUGUCCUCGCAACGCAGCAACGAUACCCGAAAGCAUUAUGUGUAGUUUAUACUGGCGACGAUGCCAGGAAAGAGGAGAUUAUUGAGAAUGUCAUGAAGCGCUUCAACAUCAACCUCAAUCCUGCACGUAUUGCAUUCGUCUAUCCUACAACAAGAGAUUGGGUCCUGGCAAGCAGAUGGCCGCACUUCACAUUACUCGGUCAGAGCGUGGGUAGCUUGAUCCUGGGUUGGGACUCCUUUAAUACUCUGGUGCCGGACGUCUUUGUGGACACCAUGGGCUAUGCCUUCGUGCUGGCACUCAGCAAGUGGCUCUUUCCACAUGUCCCCACUGGAGCCUACGUUCAUUUCCCCACAAUCAGCACCGACAUGUUGCGAUCGCUCCACGAUGAAGCAGGCAGUGGUGGAGUCAAUGCAGGUACUGGAAAGGGGGCCAAAGGCAAGGUGAAAGAAAUCUACUGGGAGCUUUUCGCUAAGCUGUACUGCUGGGUCGGCGGGAGCGUGGACGUGGUUAUGACCAACAGCAGCUGGACGCAAAGACACAUCUCAUCACUCUGGGGCCCUUCUCGCACCAAUCGAAAGAAGCAGCAUAAAAUUGAAGUCGUCUAUCCUCCUUGUCCGGUCGAAGAACUUCACGAGAAGAUUCCCGUCGAUUGCGACAAGCAGCGCACCAACAACAUACUCUAUAUCGCCCAAUUUCGGCCUGAGAAGAUGCACCAGACCAUCAUCGAGGCGUUUCACACAUUCUUGCGCAACCAUCACAGGAAUACGCCUGUGGAGUCGCGGCCGAAGCUUGUUUUGGUUGGCAGCGUAAGGGACGAUUCGGAUGAGAAACGCGUCUACAAGCUGCGGCUCCAGGCACAGGAAAUCAAGGACAGCGUGAUAUUCCAUGUGAAUGCUAAGUGGACUCAGAUGGUGGAAGAGGAGAAGACGUGCUCGGUUGGUGUCAAUGGUAUGUGGAACGAGCACUUUGGCAUUGGCGUCGUAGAGUAUCAGGCUGCUGGACUCAUUUCCGUUGUGAACAAUUCGGGUGGACCAAAGGAAGACAUCGUCAUUCCUAUUGACGGCAAGCCUACUGGUAAGUUGGGAAUCCCCCACGGGAGUGAUCGCACAGAAAGCUGACAUGUUCUUAGGCUUCCAUGCUUCCACACCUUCCGAAUUCGCCGAAGGCUUUGCGCAAGCCUUGUCGCUUUCAGAAGAGGAAGCGUUGGCCAUGAGACAACGUGCGCGUAAGAGCAGCUGGCGCUUUUCGGAGAAGGUGUUCCGCGACGCAUGGCUCUCACAGUUAGAAAACCUUUUGUCGCUUGUGAGAGAUAGAGACAAGCAAUGA